AAUAUUCUAGUCAUCCUGGCAUGCCUGUUGUCUCCCACGGUAGCCUAACCAAGCAUACGUUUCUCCGUGCAUGGGCGACAGGGGAGUGUUGUUGAAGCUGUGUGCGUGAGUGACCGCGCGGCCACAUGCGUGCGCAUGCCGUUAGCCGUCCUCCUUGCGCGGACGUGAGCAGUCACUCAGCUGGCCAGCGAUUCGCUCAGGUGUGAUGGUGAUUAUGUUGCUGCUCCUGUCCUCUCCCCUCUCCCCGCUGCUCUGAUGCCUGUUGAGUGAGGCAGAUUGAGGUGGGAGGGCUCGCUCAUUAGAGUCUGCCGGCUGACAUGCUGUCAAGAGUUUGUUAUUCUAUAUGCUCCCGAAUAUCAGAGGCUUAGUGCACGAUUCAAGGGGAGGGAAGAGCCGAUGGGCUGUAAAAGACUUGUUAAACCUCCGCUCACCCGCAUUGUGUGUACGCACGCAGUGACCGUCUGCACAGAAAUAUGGCAAGAGCAGAGGCAUGCUGAGCAGUGGCAUGCCGUUUGGGCUUUAACACACCCUGGCGCUUUGCAUGGGUUGGGAAUGCAAGGAUUCUGCAGAAUGGCACCUUUUCUUUUUUUUUUUGAGCUGAAACCAUCCUGAAUGCUGCCACCUUAGUUCUAGCAGAACAAUGGGCAUGUCUCAUGCAUAAUAAUUUUCCCAUCUGGUUUUUUUUUUAUUCCACACCCACAAUUUCCCCUGAGGACCUUGCUAUAUGUGGAGAUUUGUGCCACAAGACUGGCGGAACUGUUUUCAAGUAACCAGAUCUGACUCCCAGCUUCAUGCCAGUUUGCAGUGGCUCGCAGCUAUGGCAUUGUUUCCCCCCCUGGUAGCCACACCUGCCCUGCCCAGAGAGGGGAGAGAGCAUCUCGUCGAAUGAGGGGGGAUAAGAAAGCAGUCGGUGUGCCAGGAGCAUGACAUCGAGACUCCUCACGGUGUCCUCCAUGUGACCAUGAGGGGGACUCCCAAGGGCAACAGACCCGUCAUCCUGACCUACCAUGACAUCGGCCUCAACCACAAAUCCUGCUUCAACACCCUCUUUAACUUCGAGGACAUGCAGGAGAUCACACAGCAUUUCGCCGUGGUCCACGUGGACGCACCCGGGCAACAGGAGGGAGCACCCCCAUUCCCUGCUGGGUACCAGUACCCCACCAUGGACGAGCUGGCUGAGAUGCUGCCCUCUGUACUGACUCACCUAAAAGUGAAUAGUGUCAUUGGGAUUGGAGUGGGAGCUGGGGCCUACAUCCUGUCCAAACUUGCCCUGAACCAGCCUGCCCUUGUGGAGGGGCUGGUGCUCAUUAAUGUGGACCCCUGUGCAAAGGGGUGGAUGGACUGGGCCGCCUCAAAGCUCUCUGGAUGGACCAGCAACCUUGUGGAUAUAGUGAUGAGUCACCACUUUAGCACUGACGAGCUGACCGAAAACCAGGAGAUUAUCCAGACCUACCGUCUGCACAUCGCCCAGGACAUCAACCAGGACAACCUUGCCCUCUUCUGCACCUCCUACAACAGCCGUCGUGACCUGGAGAUUGAGAGGCCCAUCCCGGGUCUGAAUGAGGACACAGUGAAUACACUAAAGUGCCCUGCUCUGCUGGUGGUUGGAGACACGUCCCCGGCGGUGGAGGCCGUGGUUGAAUGCAACUCCAGAUUAAACCCAACGAAAACCACCUUGCUGAAGAUGGCUGACUGUGGCGGACUGCCCCAGGUUGUCCAACCGGGCAAACUCGCUGAGGCCUUCAAGUACUUUGUCCAAGGAAUGGGCUACAUGUUGCAUAACCACAAUUUCCCUUAUGUUCAGCUCAGCCACCUGAACACCGAAUCAGUGCCAACAGCGAGUAUGACACGGUUGGCCCGCUCCCGCACCCACUCCUCCUCCAGCAUGGGCUCGGCGGACGGGAACCGCAGCCGCACGCACACCAACAACCAGCUGGAGGGUGCCGCCGCUGCCACCGUGGCCCACGACAACCAGGCCAGGCCUCAGACCAUGGAGGUUUCCUGCUAAACACCCCCCCCCCCCCCCCCAGGCUGUCCUUCCUUUGCGCCAGCCAGAGAUUUCCCCACCCUUCCUCUUUGUGCAUACCUGACUCCCUUCUCUCUCUUUCUGUCUUGAGUUCAAGGCCAGAGAGCCCUAGAAGGACCUGUGAGGGGACCAAAAAAAAAAUGAAGCGUAUGUUUAAAAAUUAACAGCUUACAGUUUUAUCUACAUUCUGCUCAUUUUUUUAACAAUGUGCAUGCCUAUGCUAGCACUACGGUUAAGGUACAUUUGGUUACAAAUUGAGGUUUUUUAUCAUUGAUUUUCUUUUUUUUUUUUCUUGGACCUGCCUCACAGUCAUGUAUGUUUUUUUUGUUUUUUUUUGUACAAAAAUUCGACCUCUCGGUCUUACGCCUAACGAAGAGGCAAGAUGUUGAUGAGCUAUGGGAGGAAUGCUGAAAGCAUCUCACUGUGUGGAGAUGAGUAAUAUUCCCCUCUCCUUCCAAGGUCUUCCUCACCUGUGUACAGACCUGACCAAUCACAGACCCUCAUCUCUCCUUCCUCACUAUCAGUCCCCUCCCCCACAAUCUUCCAUUCCUUGAGAAGACACCUACAAGCUGUCACAUACUACACACAAAUAUACACUGAUGUUCUUUUUUGAUUUUCUUUUGUAUUAUUAUUAUUGUUUUUGUGAUUUGUGAACAUACUCUGCUUACAUUGAUUGCAAAGUAGUGCAACAUACUUGUUCUAGUUCUAUACCCUAUACCAAGAACUAUUCACUGCAUGACCCUAUUGUACAUGGAAAUUAAUGGAAGUGUAUUUAAGAGAAAAGGUUUGCUUUUGUCUAGAUGUAUCUAGAGCUAGAACCACAACUUUGGUGUUUUAUUUCCUUUCCCAAGAGCAAGGUGCCAGUAAUGGAAAGCCCUGGCUUUUUGCUGAUUUUUGUUGAUGAGAACAGUGGUGUGGUAGAGUAGCAGUUACCAGGACUGCGCAUUGAAGCCAAUAUUAGCUUCAGCUGUGUCAGUGGUGCACAUGCACAUGCAUGUUCAUGUGCUGGAUGACUACCUUCUCUCUUCCCUGUAGAAACAGUGGAAAAAAAAUCUAUAUUUUCAUAUCCUCAAAUCCAUUCGCCUUACUAUCUGUUACCCUUCACCAUAAUCACAAAAGACAACAUUCAACCAGCAACAAUAUUUUUUCCACCCAUGUGAGGCAAGUGUAUGUGUAAAAAGGGUGAUCAGGUUUAUGUACAGUAAGGAGGCUCAUGUUAAUGGAAGAAGUCUCAACUGCAGUCAGCAGGUGCCAGUGGCCAGCAGAUAAAUCCAUACCACUGCUCAGGAUCUGAAGAUGGGAGCCCGCAACACCUCACUGUUCCUCACAGGAGCGCACAGGAAUGGUGCAGAGAAACUGACCAGCCUUCAGCCAGCUGUCAGAUUGAUCAGCACUGCUCUUAAAGGAAGUUGUGUAUGCAUGACCCAGGAUGUGCUAUAUAACGCAGGCCCCUUUGUUGCGGUAUUAAAUUUGUCGGUAGAAGAACAGCAACACAUAUAGCAACAGCAGGAACAUUGAGAGUGGUGGCUUGGUUUGACUGCUCAGUGUAAAGUUAGGGGUUAUUUCCUUCAGCAUACUUUUUGUUUGUUCAUUUAUUUGAGGUACUUGUCAUCAUAGUUUGUUUUUUCCUUUUUUAACUAUUCUGAUUAUUACUACUAUAAUUAUUACUAUUAUCGUUAUGCUCUUUCCUUAAUUGGUGGGUAUUCUCUGCUGCUCCUGAUUGGAUAACCUUGGGUGAGCUUGUGGUAAUGCUGAAAUGUGCUCUUUCUCCCUAAAGGGGGUGUGUCCUCACUGUUUGCUGAUUAU